ACCAGCUGUACGUGUCAGGAUUAGGAUUAAAGUGAAGUGAGGAUUCUUCACCCUCUGUUCGAUUGAACAGCUGCUCUGCUUUUUAUAAACUGUGGACCACUAAUUGCUCCAUGAGGAACGCCGACCAUGGUGCUAACCGGGCUUUAUCUCCUACAGUUGGUCUUGUGGGCUGGCACCAGACUAAAGCUCCAAGUAAGGGGUGACCAGAUGAAGCCAGCCCAUGCUCCUUUAAUCCCUCAUCGGCCCUUUGUUGUCGUCUGGAAUGCUCCAACAGAGUCAUGUCGCCUUCGAUUCAAAGUGGACCUCGACCUCAGUGUGUUUGACAUUGUAGCAAAUCUCAACGAAACCUUAAGUGGACCAAAUGUGACUAUAUUCUACCACAGCCAUCUGGGCUACUACCCUCACUACAGCAACGCUGGGGCUGCUGUCAACGGUGGCCUGCCGCAGAACCAGAGCAUCUCCAAACAUCUGAGCAAAGCCCGGGCAGACAUCGACAAACUGAUUCCACACAAGGAUUUUCGGGGUUUAGGCGUCAUAGACUGGGAGAACUGGAGGCCUCAGUGGGUACGAAACUGGGGAUCCAAAGACAUCUACCGCAAAAAGUCCAAGGAAAAGAUAAGAAAAAAUCACCCAAACUGGCCAGAGAGCAAAGUGGAAAAAGAAGCGAAGGAAAGUUUUGAGAGCGCUGGACUAGCUUUCAUGAAUCUGACCUUGGCUCUGGCUGAAGCUCGCAGGCCCGAUGGGCUGUGGGGGUUUUACUUGUUUCCUGACUGCUACAACUACGGCUACAAGCAGCACCCACAACGCUACACAGGCGAAUGCCCCAAUGUGGAACAUGUCCGCAAUGACCAUCUGAUGUGGCUUUGGAAGGAGAGCACAGCACUUUACCCUUCCAUCUACCUGGACUACGAGCUAAAGUCUUCUCAAAACACAGUCAAGUUUGUUCACUACCGGGUUAAAGAAGCCAUGCGGAUAGCAUCCAUUGCCCGAAUGGACUUCACAUUGCCUGUCUUUGUCUACUCCAGACCCUUCUACGCCUACACCUUUGUUGUGCUUUCAGAGAGUGACUUGGUUCACACUAUUGGUGAGAGUGCCGCCUUGGGAUCGUCGGGUGUCGUCCUUUGGGGAUCAUCAGAAUACGCUCGAUCACAGAGAAACUGCUUGACUGUGAAGAAGUACAUCGAUGGGCCUCUGGGACAUUACGUCAUGAACGUUACAUCAGCAGCUAAGCUGUGCAGCAAAGCACUCUGCAAGAAGAACGGCAGGUGUGUCCGUAAACGCCUGGACUCCGGUGCUUACCUGCACCUAAACCCGCGCUUCUUCCACAUCCAACGUAACCCGUCACCCAGGCGCCCCCGCUUCCAAGUCAGCGGUCACCUCAACAACCACGACAUACUGGACAUGAAGCACAAGUUCACCUGCCAGUGUUACCAGGGCUGGACGGGGGUUUACUGCGAGGUCCCCCAGGCUGUGCCCCGUCCUCCCCGGCCUCAGCCCGCCGUCCCACGACCUCCCCUUUGGACCAACAGCCUUCUGGCAGAUGUUCUGCUGCUGCUUUCUUUCCAUUUCUCCUGCCUGUGCAUUAUCAUAUUCCUGGGACUCUGUCUGGUUGUUAAGUGUCUCAUCCUGUAGACGCCAACAUUUAUUUUAGAGUUCGAGGGUAAUUCCAGAUGAAAUAAGAUGAAGCCCUCAUUAUUUUCAGUGGCUCAUACUGUCCUGCUUGUUGUGCUGCUGAGCAACGCACGUGUGUGGCGUCAAUGACUGCGUUUACAUGCAGUCAAUAACCCUUUUAAAACCCGGAUAUUAGUAAUAACCCGGUUUUGCACGGCCAUGUAAACACCAAUAACCCCUUUGAAUAACCCCUGGGUUACUCCUUUUAAAACCCGAAUAUUGGGUCAUGUAAACACCAAACGGAAUAUCCCCAUCAAAC